AUGAGUAUAGAAAUCCCCGCGGGCCUGACGGAGCUGUUGCAGAGCUUUACCGUGGAAGUGCUGAGGAGCCAGCCCGGUGACCUGCUCGACUUCGCCCUGCAGUACUUCACCCGCCUCAAGGACCGCGAGCAGAGCCACAGCCGCCGGGCGCCGCUCGGCCGGGAUGGGGACGAAGAUGACGGGGAGCCGCCGCCGUCGCUGUCGAAGCACGGACAGAGAACUGCCAGCGGAGGCGGCGGCGGAGGAGGAAAGGCAGUCAAUUUCCUCGACGAGGCCAUGCAGAUCGACUCUGAGAACGGAGAAGACGACGACGAUGAAGACGACGAAGAUUUUCAAGCGCCCAUCAUAAACAGAUUCAUCAGAAGAGCUUCAGUUUGUGCUGAAGCCUUCAAUCCUGAUGAAGAUGAUGAGGAUAAAGAGCAAAGGGUCGCCCACCCCAAAACAGAUGAGCAGCGACAGAGACUACAGGAAGCGUGUCGAGACAUUCUUCUUUUCAAAAAUUUGGAUCCUGAAGAAAUGUCUCAAGUGUUGGACGCCAUGUUUGAGAAGUUCUGCACAGAAGGGGAACACGUGAUUGACCAGGAUGACGAUGGGGACAACUUCUAUGUGAUUGAGAGAGGUACUUUCAGCAUUUCUGUCAAAGUGGAUGGUGCCGAGAAGCUGGUGGGUUGCUACGACAACCGCGGUAGCUUCGGAGAACUGGCGCUUAUGUACAACACGCCCAGAGCAGCCACCAUCAUCGCCACCUUGCCUGGAGCCCUCUGGUGCCUCGAUCGUCUGACGUUUCGAAGGAUCAUCGUGAAGAACAAUGCCAAAAAGAGGAAGCUGUACGAGGCAUUCAUUGAAACGCUCCCACUGCUCACAUCUCUGGAGCUUUCCGAGCGGAUGAAGGUGGUGGAUGUGAUAUCUACUCGAGUGUACUGUGACUCGCAACAGAUUAUUGCACAGGGAGAAUUGGCUGAUUGUUUCUACAUUGUAGAGUCUGGACAAGUUAGGAUCACCAUGAAAAGAAGCAGGACGAAAAACGGGCAGGACGAAGAGGAAGUGGAAAUCGCCAUGUGCUCCCGGGGCCAGUAUUUUGGGGAAUUGGCACUAGUCACAAACAAGCCCAGAGCUGCUUCCGCCUACGCUGUUGGGAGCGUCAAAUGUUUGGUGAUGGAUGUGAAAGCCUUUGAGCGUCUUCUGGGCCCCUGCAUGGACAUCAUGAAAAGGAACAUUGCUAACUAUGAGGAGCAGCUACUUAUGCUGUUUGAGAGUCGCACCGAGAUCGAGCAGCAGUGUGCGUGA